AUGUUUUCCUUAGUGGGUGAUGACCUCGGUGAGCCUUGCGAUGAUAAUGAUGAAACCGACCUAUGCACAAUCAAAAACAAUCGUACCGUGUGUGUCAGUGACGGGGAUGGCAACCCGGUGUGUAGCUGCUCUGAACCAUUCCUUGAAGAAAACGGCAUCUGUGAGUGUUCAUGUGACGAUGGUUGCCCUUGCGGCAAUGGUCAGGAGUGUAUAAAUGGAGAAUGCGUUCCCGAGUGCGUCGGAUGUGAAGUGCGCAUGCCCGGAGGCGAAUGCGUGGAACUUCUUUACGGGGACAACUGCACGCUUUUCCCUAACGACUGUUGCCGUGACGAUCUCGCAUGCAUCAAUGGCACAUGCGAAUGUGUGAACGCGGGUCUCCAAAACGACGAGGAUGAAGACAAGUGUUUGGGUGAUGACCUCGGUGAGCCUUGCGAUGAUAAUGAUGAAACCGACCUAUGCACAAUCAAAAACAAUCGUACCGUGUGUGUCAGUGACGGGGAUGGCAACCCGGUGUGUAGCUGCUCUGAACAAUUCUUUGUAGAAAACGGCAUCUGUGAGUGUUCAUGUGACGAUGGAGAUAGUUGCCCUUGCGGCAAUGGUCAGGAGUGUAUAAAUGGAGAAUGCGUUCCCGAGUGCGUCGGAUGUGAAGUGCGCAUGCCCGGAGGCGAAUGCGUGGAACUCGGUCACGGAGACGACUGCACGCUGUUCCCUGACGGUUGUUGCCGUGACGAUCUCGCAUGCAUGAGUGACAAAUGCGAAUGUGUGAACGCGGGUCUCCAAAACGACGAGGAUGAAGACAAGUGUUUGGGUGAUGACCUCGGUGAGCCUUGCGACGAUGAUGAUGAUGAACCCGACCUAUGCACAAUCAAAAACAGUCUUACCGAAUGUGUCAGUGACGGGGAUGGCAACCCGGUGUGUAGCUGCUCCCAACAAUACACUCUAAAAGACGGCAUCUGUGAGUGCUUAUGCUCCUCGGGAGGUAUCUGUGCAUGCGACGAAGGUCUGGAGUGCGUACAGGACAAUUGCGUUCCCGAAUGCGGCCGAUGUGAAGAGCGCGUGUCCGGAGUUUGUAGUCCACAAUGUAACGAUUCGCAAGUGUGCAAUGAAAAUGAACAGUGUGUAACUCCACUGGCACUAGGCGAUGAAUGUACGGGUACAGGAAGUGCGAAUGCGUGUAUGAGGGAUGAUGGGAUCAAAUGUAGAAGUGGUGACUGUUGUGGAAAUGCAAAUGGAAAUCCUGAUUAUCCAUGCAAUGUGAAGUACUGUGUGUGUGAGACGGAAUGGGGAUACAAGCUAAACGCGUCCCAAACCGGGUGUGAGUUAACUGGAAAUCCAGUAGUACCGAAAGGAAAUUGCGAGGACAUGCUUUACGUCUAA